CACACUCAGUCAGUCCCGUUCAGUCACUCGCGGUGGCCAGACAUCCCUCUAGCAGCAGCAGCAGCAGCAGAUAGGUGGGAGGCGCGAGCACCCGUCACAGUCUUUCCAGUCCCAGAUUUGCUUGCCGCACGCCUUGACCUUCCUUCCGCCCUGGGCCUCGAUCAAGGAUGCGUCGGUGGCUUCCAGACGUGGUGACUCUUGUGUUCCUGGUGGUGGUGGUGGUGGUGACAGCCGUGCCUCCCCAACGAACUGAUCUUCUUCAGACCAAUGUCCCCGAGGAGGCAGCAGCGGCCGUCGACACAGCGGAGGGCAGGUCCAGGAGGCAGGUGGCUGAAGAGGACCCAGGAAACGCAGAGUCGAAUGUGCCCCCGCCACCUCCCUCCGUGCCGGCUCCGCCGCCACGGUCUCCUGACCAAACAAACCUUGUUGACAGCCAAGGCCCCGCGAAACCUGCGUUACGCCCCCGCCCCCCCGCCCGGCAAGACGAGGGCAGGCGGGGGCGCCAGGAGAGCGAGCCCAUACCUGAAGAUUCUGAGUUGUGUGACUUCGGUAGCAGCCCCACUCAGUCCCUGUGUGACUGGACCAACCUUGAGGUGACGCAGCUCAGGUGGAGCCCAUCAACUGGGGAGAGCGCCUUCUGGUUGGGAGGACCCGGGGUGGAUGUGUCCUAUGGUGACAGCCAAGGAGGCUAUGCUGUGUUUGAGACAUCGCAGGUCCCGCAACGGAUUGCUGGCCAGAGUGCCUUUGAGUCUGCCAUGCUGAUGUCCCCAUUGAAGGAAUCCACUGGACCUAAGGGGAUGUGUGUCAAAUUCUGGUAUUCCAUUGCUGGUUUGAGUCCUGAUAAGAUUCGUGUCCUGUUGCACCCCAUGGCGGAGAACAUAAGUGUGGGCAUGCCAGUGGACGAGGUGAUGCAGGGGUAUGAUGGCAGCGAAGACGUGGUGCUUUGGGAGGCAAGGGACAUGACCAGUGGCGAGUGGAAGGAAGGCCAGAUCGUGUACACCUACGGAAAGAAACACUCGGUAAUCUUCGAGGCAAUCCCAGUGGACAGUGGGGACAGCAACCGGCGCUUCAGAGGCUACGUGGCUGUUGAUGAACUCUCUUUCACGGACUCCAAGGAAUGUGGGGCAUUUUGCACCUUUGAGGGUGGCACCUGUGGCUGGACCCAGGAUUCCAAUGAUGACUUUGACUGGACACUGAGUCGUGGAAGCCUCAACCCCAGUACUGGGCCACCCCGUGACCGCUCCUCCUUUGCCAACGAGGGUUUGUUGGGUGGCUAUGCCUUCAUUGACACUGGGUUCCCUCGACGGCCUGGGGAUGUCGCACGCCUCAUGAGCCAGGAGUUCCAGGGCACCAAUCCAGAUGGACCUCUCUGUAUGCGGUUCUGGAUACACAUGUAUGGCAAUGGCAUUGGGUCGUUGCGUGUGCUGAUCUACGAUGUGAACACUGCACAGGACACCGUCAUCUGGAAGAUCUCUGGGGAGGCUGGCAACGCGUGGUACCAAGGGCAGGUGCCGAUUUCAUCCUCCUCGCCCUUCAAGAUUGUGUUUGAGGGUCAGGUGGGUGCCAACAACCUUGGGGACAUUGCCAUUGAUGACAUCUCCAUCAUCCAGGGGGCGUGUCCCAGUGCACCACAGGUAGCAGCAGGUCAGAUUGGUGACUGUACCUUUGAAGUAGAUGAGUGUGGGUGGGCAAGUCCAGGUCCAAGAGAGCGGCUGGAUGAGAUGGAUUGGGUGAGAACUGUGGCUGCUGACAACAGAGCACCAGCUCGUGACCACACACUGGGCACCGUGCAAGGAUCCGCAGCUCAUGACGUGACUACACAAGAUCGGGGAUUCUACAUGACACUGCCACGGGGCACUGUGCAGCGGGGCGGGGACAGGGCCUGGCUGGUGUCCCCCACCAUGAAAGGCUCUGGGGACGCCAUGUGCCUUGCCUUCUGGUACUUCAUGUACGAGCCAUUCAUUGAUCCAUCUGGGCCGUCCCUGGGGUCCCUGUUGGUGCACGAACGAUAUGAGAGUGCAGAGGGAGACAUCGUCACUCGGCCCUUGUGGUCCCUCAAGAACCACCAAGGACCUAACUGGAUGUAUGGCCAGGCCAAGCUGCAGAAUGAACGAGACUUUGUGGUGGUGUUUGAAGGAAUGUGGGGCAGCAGCCGUGCCAAUGGCUUCAUGGCACUUGAUGACAUCACUGUCUUCCGUGGUGACUGUACUACAAUGCCGAAGAAAGCCAGCACUUCAGGGGGAGACUGUUCAUUCCAGCACAACACAUGUCAGUGGAAGAACAUCACCACAGACAGCGAUUUCCGCUGGACAACUGCCUCCAUCUCCCGUCGUCCUGCCAACCUGCCAGACCACACCUUUGGUGGCCCCAUUGGCUAUGCCUACUUCGAUGUCUUCAACCAGAAUGCACGACCUCAAUCUCUCAGCCUGCUUUCCCCACCACUUGACAAGAGUGAUGACAAUGCUCCUGUCUGCCUCUCCUUCUGGUAUGCUUACUUUGGUGCCUCAGACACCACACGGCUGAAGGUGGUGCGGGAGUCCUACGAUCGUGCUGCAGAGGAAGAAGACCAGCGCUUCAGUGGAUCCAUCGUGCUGUGGGAGUUGGUGGGGAACCUUGGUAGGCAGCGACCUGAGUGGCAGUUUGGACAAGUGGAAGUGGAUGCCUCUGCUGAUUAUCGUGUCUCCUUGGUGGGCAUGGCCAGCAAUGGUGGCUUUGCCGUUGACGACAUCAAGAUCUUCCCUGGAUCUUGUAGCUUGAGGCCAGAGGCUGCUGACCCUGCCAUGGGUGCCACUACAGACGAGCUUCCCGUGGAUGUCUAGAUGCGCCCUUUCUCAGCUGUAUCCAGCCUGUAAAUGACAGAUGAAACCUGCACAAUUAAUGGUACCAUCUCACAGCAGUGUUGAAACAAAGGAUUGGUAGGCUGGGACUGUAAUUCUGGUACAGGCCCAUAUACUGUAUAUGAGUUGUUCGGUCAUGAAUUUUCCUUGAUGUGCAAUAAGAAUGUACAUUGAUAACCUACAAUAGGAAUAGCUGGCACUAUUGAAACAUGUUAUCGUCCUAUGACCCCCAAAUGUGUGUAAGGAGUCACAGUGAUCAGUCUGCAGCCUCAUUGAGAAGUCUCCUCAGAAUCUUCUUUGUACGUAAUUACCAAUUUGAGAAAUUAGAAAUCUGUGUCUUUUCCAUGAGUGUUCAACAGUCAUGGAACAGUGACUUGCUGUUCAAUUUUUUGUUGGUGAGCCUUUACAUGCUGACGUAAAAAUAAGGUCUGCUCAUCACUGAGUGGAUUGUGUGCCUUGUCAGCAGUGGUUUUGAUAAUGGAAGUGUUUGCUCUAGUGAAAUGAAUUCAAGAUCCCCUUUGUCUGUUUAAAGAGUGAUUUCUUUUACAUUUUUUAAAUCAGAUUUGUUGAAAUAGAAAUAUGAAUGACAUUGUACACUUUUCAAUGGCUGGUGUGGUCAUAGUCAGUACAUGGGUUAUGUGACCUCUUUCAUGAAAUGGGCUAAACCUAUCACACUGAAAUUCUCGAACUUAUGACAAGCUCAGUUUAUAAUUUUUUCAAAAGUCUUUGCUCUGGCUCCCCAGUUUAUUAAUAUCAAUAUUAUUACAGCAAAAUUUCAACAUUGUAAUACUGUAUAGGGAAUAAAGAAACCACUGUGAAACAAUGAGACUACAUGCACUUUGGUAUCCUAGGAGUCCUUUGGUGCACAGAUAUUUCUGAUUUCUUCUUGCAUCAAGUAGUGACAUAAAUCAGAGUUGAGCUGCAGCUCAAGAGGAUUUACUCACUGUUUGCUUUUUUGUACACUAAUGGAACUGACAUGAUCAAGAACAACCACUACACCACCACCUGCUGACUGUGUGUGGGUGGGACAGCCUUCUCUCCUGUCAGGGAUGUUACUGAAUGAGUACCUCUGCUGAUGACUCCAUGCUGAAAUUUAACAAUCUCUCUCUCUCUCUCUCUCUCUCUCUCUCUCUCUCUCUCUCUCUCUCUCUCUCUCUCUCUCUCUCUCUUUUCGCUCAAAUAACUCAAUACCAUACAAUGUUUUUUUUUAUUAACAGUGUGUAAUAAAGCACAUAUUUUCAUAAAGAAGAUAAGGUGCAAUUUUGUAAUGGCUGCUCCGGUGAUUAUACAGAAUAAUUAAUCGUUGUUUGUUCAUACUAUUACUUGUACCUUUUUUUUUUUUUUUUUUUUUUUUUAGGAAUAAAUCUGAACAACGUGGCCUUAGCAUGGUAGAUUUACUUCAGGACUUAUAGUAACCUCGAGUUUUGUCAUAGUAUGUAAGUACUUCUAAUGUUGCUCACUAUCUUAAGAAUCUCUCUCUCUCUCUCUCUCUCUCUCUCUCUCUCUCUCUCUCUCUCUGUGUUUUCUUCAUGUUCUUAGGUAGCAGUGUGUCUUUUAGUCUAAAGCAUCGUACUGGUGUGUCCGUGUGUACUCAUGUGCAUCACAGUGUAGCUACUCAUGUGUACAAAGAUGCAUCCACGUGUACGUAGUAGUAAUUAUAAUUCAUCUUUUAUAUUCUGGUAUUCUUCUUCAAUGUUCACAGUAUACUCAGAUUAAUGACUCUUGUUUCUCUCCCGUGCUGAUCUGCAUUAAAAAUCAAGAAUG